AUGGCGGGGAGCAGCACAAGGAGAGCCUCCAGUGCGCAUGCGGGGAGCAGCGGCGAUGAGGCAGAUUACGAUCUCCACGAGAACCUUGAAGCCUUGCGCGAGGUGACCAGCGAGGAUGAAUUGCUCGAGGACGGAGAGGAGGAGGAGCGGGCGACAAGAAGCAGAGGAGAAGCACCUCGCAGCAGCAGCGCGCAGAGAACCCACGACGCUGAUGCUUCAAUUGAGAGCAGCGCCCCGCGCAGACGCAAUGUGGGCGAGUACAAGGUCUAUAAACGACGGUGGUUCGGGGUGGUGCAGUUAGUCUUGCUGAACACCGUCGUUAGCUGGGAUUGGCUCUCUUUCUCCGCCAACUCGACGACCGUCUCCCAGUACUACGGGGUUUCCGAAUCGUCCGUCAACUGGCUCAGCACGGCUUUCCUCUUUGCCUUCGUGGUCGUGUCGCCCGUCGUCGUCUAUACUCUGCACCGUGGCGGACCCAAACCCUCGAUUGUCACCGCCUCGGUGCUGAUCUUGGUGGGCAAUUGGAUUCGAUAUGGCGCGACCAGGUCGGGGCCCCAGGGCAAUUUCGGGGGGGUGAUGUUCGGCCAGCUGUUGACGGGAUUUGCACAACCAUUUGUCCUCUCAGCUCCCACCAGGUACUCGGAUUUAUGGUUUACCAAUACCGGCAGGGUUGCUGCUACAGCUGUCAUGAGCUUAGCAAACCCCUUUGGUGGGGCUCUGGCACAGUUGAUCGAUCCGUUUUGGGCGGGGAGCCCUGGUGACAUCCCCAGCAUGGUACUCUAUGUUGCGGUUAUUUCUUCCGUCGCAUCUAUACCGUCCUUCUUCAUACCUUCUGCACCACCGACACCAUGCUCCCCUUCCUCAGCAAUGCCCAAACAGCAGCUGCUCCCUUCGCUGCGAUCUUUGUUCACCUCGCCCGAGUUCUACAUGGUCAUGGUCCCUUACACAAUCUACGUUGGUCUGUUCAAUAGUAUCUCCUCCCUCAUCAACCAGAUGCUCGCCCCUUACUCCUUCUCGGAAACCCAAGCCGGGAUAGCAGGGGGCUUGCUCAUCGUCGUAGGUCUGGUCACCGCCGCCAUCACAUCGCCCAUCAUAGACCGUACCAAAACCUACCUCCUAGCCAUCAAGAUCCAGGUGCCCAUUCUAGCCGCGUGCUAUCUGGCCUUCACGUGGGCGCCCGGCACGCGGUCCAUCGGCGCCGUCUACGCGAUCCUCUCCAUCAUGGGCGCCGCAUCCUUCAGUCUCGUGCCCGUAGUUCUCGAAUACCUGAUCGAGAUCACGCACCCUGUAUCCCCCGAAGUGUCGAGUACGAUAUGUUGGACGGGCGGCCAAUUCACGGGCGCCCUCUUCAUCCUGAUCUCGGACGCCCUCCGAGCGGCAGGUGCCGGUGAUGGGUCGGCAGACGACGGCUCGAAAUUCCCCCCGGGCAAUAUGUACCGCGCCCUGGUCUUCCAGACCGUGCUGGCGCUUGUCGUCGUCCCGUUACCGCUUGCGCUGGGCUGUUGUGGACGCGGUAAGGGCGUUCGAAUGAGACGGCUCGAAGCGGAUAACGAGGCAAGAAGAGCCAGUGGAGAGGUUGAAGGUGCCGGGGCCCUUCAUAUUUAA